AUGCCUGAGACCCAAAGCUUAGAAGAAACCAAGAACAGCAUCAGCCACAAUGUCAAAAACCAUGAUAUCAGUGUCGCCCAUUCAACCGACAUCCAGAGCGAUCGUGCCAAAGAAGCCAAAGUCGUGAGAAAGCUGGACCUGUAUAUCACACCCGUACUCUUCAUCGUCUAUCUCUCAUGCUUCAUCGACAGAGCCAACAUCGGAAACGUCAAAGUCGCGGGCAUGCCCGAAGAAAUCGGCGCCACAAAUCAGCAAUACUCUACAGCCGUAUCCCUCUUCUUCGUAACCUACGUGCCCGUCGAGGUCCCAGCCGUCCUCCUCGUCAAACGCUUCGAACCUCGCUUCGUUCUCACAGCACUGUGCAUAAUCUGGUCCGUCACGACAGUAGCCAACGGUCUCAUUCGCAAUGUCGGUGGCCUCUAUGCCUGCCGUCUAGUCCUCGGCGCUUGCGAAGGCGGCCUAUUCCCUUCUCUCAACAUGUACCUCACCAUGGUAUAUAAGCGUGACGAGAUCGCAAAGCGCACGUCCUACCUCGUCUCGUGCACGGCAUUAUCCGGUGCCUUUGGAGGCUUGUUGGCGUACGGGUUGUUACAAAUGGACGGUGUUGGCGGGUACGCUGGCUGGAGAUGGGUGUAUCUCAUAGAGGGGGCGUUUAGUGUCACAUGCACCUUUGCUGUAUGGUUCGGAUUGCCUAGCGAUGUCCGCAAAGCGUAUUUCCUUAGCGAGGAGGAGCGAAUAAUCAUGGACAUGCGGCACCAGGAGAGGUUGGACUACAUGGGCAGUGACGAGCUUGAUUGGAAUGAAGUGAAGCUCGCUUUCUUGGACCCAAAGACUUGGCUCAGCGCGUGGACUCAAUUUUGCCAGAAUAUUUUGACAAACGGAUUUGGCACCUUCUUGCCCUCCAUCUUGCACGCCAUGGGUCACGGCACGCUGGCUAGCAACUAUUUGACAAUACCCGUGUAUUGCCUUGGCGCGCUGGCAUUCUUCACUUUUGCGUUUUUAUCAGACAAGUACGGAAAGUGCGGCAUGGUGAGUUGA